AAAUAACGAAAGGAUGGUCAUGGUUCUCGACUACGGGUGGGCUGACGGGUGCAUUAUCCUUUUUGGUUUACCCCGCUUAAAAAACAUCGUCGAGUCGGGUUUAAAAUAAAUUGAUCUCGAUCCAAAUUUUAUCGCUCGGUUCGGGUUAUACCUAGUCUCGGUAACGGUGGAAAAUAAAUAUUAACUCUUUUCCUCUCUUUUUUAGUUUUUUAUUUUUUUUUUAUAAAAAAAAUAAUUUUUAUGAUAACGAAAUUAUCACUUAUCAUUAAGAUAAUAUCGUAUAAUUAAUUGAAACAAUUCGAUAAGGAAGAUAAAAUCUGAUAAUUAUUUAUAAUCGAUUGAUAUGAAACAUUACAAUCGAUCAUCGUCCAACUUAUAUUAUCGUAUAGAGGUUAGCAUAGAAAGACGGUUCAAGCUUAGCUUCCCUGUCACUCAUAAACAUAAAAUAUCAAUGGGGGACGUUAGGAUAAUUGUAAGCUAUAUUCUAUAUAAAGAAACAUAGAAAACUGAAAGAAUAAAAGAAUUGAUGGUUAUGGUUCUCAACUACGGGAGGGCUGACUGGUGCACUAUCCUUUUUUGUUUGGCCCGCUUACAAUUGGCAUCGUCGAGUCGGGCUUAAAAUCAAUUGAUCUCGAUCCAAAUUCUAACGCUCGGUUCGGGUUAUGCCCGGUCUCGGUAACGGUAGAAAAUAGAUAUUAACUCUUUUCCUCUCUUUUUCAAUUUUUUAUUUUGUUUUAUAAAAAAAAUAUUUUUUAUUAUAACGAAUUUAUCAUUUACCAUUAAGAUAAUAUCAUAUAAUUAAUUGAAACGAGUCGAUAGGGAAAAUAAAAUCUGAUAAUUAAUUAUAAUCAAUUGAUAUGAAACAUUAGAGUCGAUCACCGUACAACAUAUAUUAUCUUGUAGAGAUUAGCAUAUAAAGACGAUUUAAGUUUAGCUCCUCUCUCACUCAUAUGCAUAAAAUAUCAACGGGGGACGUCAGGGUAAUUGCAAUCUAUAUUCUUUAUAAAGCGGAUCGAGAUCAAUUGAUUUCAAGCCCAACUCGACGAUGCCAAUUGUGAGCGGGCCAAACCAAAAAGGAUAGUGCACCCGUCAGCCCUCCCGUAGUCGAGAACCCUAACCAUCUUUUCUUUUUUUCUUUCAGUCUUCUGUGUUUCUUUAUAAAGAAUAUAGCUUGCAAUUAUCCUAACGUUCCCCAUUUAUAUUUUAUGCAUAUGAGUGACAGGGGAGCUAAGCUUGAACCGUCUUUCUAUGCUAACAUCUACACGAUAAUAUAUGUUGGACGGUGAUCGACUCUAAUAUUUCAUAUCAAUCGAUUAUAAUUAAUUAUCUGAUUUUAUUUUCCCUAUCGACUUAUUUCAAUUAAUUAUACGAUAUUAUCUUAAUGAUAAAUGAUAAUUUUGUUAUAAUAAAAAAUAUUUUUUUUAUAAAAUAAAAUAAAAAACUAAAAAAGAGAGGAAAAUAGUUAAUAUUUAUUUUCCAUCGUUACCGAGACUAGGUAUAACCCGAACCGAGCGAUAAAAUUUGGAUCGAGAUCAAUUUAUUUUAAACCCGACUCGACGAUGUUUGUAAGCGAGCCAAACCAAAAAGGAUAAUGCACCCGUCAGCCCUCCCGUAGUCGAGAACCCUGACCAUCCUUUCUUUAUUUUUUUUGCCACCGGUUAAGUGGCGUCGAGCGAGCGUAGAUCGCCCUGGCCGGACGCCUCCUGAGAUCAGCCAAAUCGAGUUGUCGAUCUCUGACCUAGCAGACUCGUACGUUCUCCCCUCUUGCAAGAUCCGGUACAUGUUCUAUAUCCCUCCUAAAAGUGAGCUUCAUGUGUCGAUUCUUUCCGAUUUGAACUCGUCGCUCUGUUUUCGGUAUGGUCGCCGGCGAUAUGGUGUCGAGAAUCGUCAAUCGGGUUUCUCGGCACCUUCCAUAGCCAGCAAUAUUGAUCUUUCUCUCAUAACCAAUCUUACGGGUGUUGUUGAUUCGUCUUCGCUCGCUCAGCGUCACCUAUGCCCCCGGUUGUGACAUCCUUCGCUUAUUUGCAUCGUCCUUUCUGUAAAUUCUAUUGUUAUCCCCAUCAUCUGGUCUUACAUCGAUAGAGCACCAGGCUUGGUCAGGUAUCUGCUGGACUCGAUGGCUGAUACAGUUACAUGCUUGGAUGAUCAACAAAGCUCAUCGACGAUUCGGGUGACAUGUCCACUCGAUGGUUGAUACAGUUACAUGCUUGGAUGAUCAACAAAGCUUAUCGAUAAUUACCAAAUCUAACAGCUUUAUGUUAUCGACUAAUUUGUUAUUCUUUCUCGAAAAAAUUGGGUGAUGCUAAGGAUAAAUUCUUAAGUUAAGAUCAGUAUGACAUUAAACUGAGAUUCGGGUGAUAUGUCCACUCGAUGGUUGAUACAGUUGUUACAUGCUUGGAUGAUCAACAAAGCUCAUCGAUAAUUACCAAAUCCAACAGCAUUAUGUUAUCGAUUAAUUUGUUUUUCUUUCUCGAAGAAAUUGGGUGAUGCUGAGGGUACAUUCUUAAUUUAAGAUCAUUAUGACAUUAGACUGGGAUUCGGGUGACAUGUCCACUAUCAAUUAAUCUAAGGAACUUGAAGACAAACAAAACACCAUAUGAUAGCCUAGUAGUUGGAUCAACAUAAUGCGUCGAUCAAGAUGGGAUGUUUACCAGACGAUUACUAUUAGUAAGCUGCUAAAUGAGAUAGAGGCUCCAUUAUGUCGAGAUUCGAAAGAGGAGUUGGCUCCUGACUUCUGAAAGAAUAGCUGUUUAGCAUGACAGGAUACCGAUAUUGUGGCUCUAAGGAACAUGAAAAAAUAUGUUGAAGCUAGUUUAGAUGUAUACACAGUGUGAUUAUAUAAAAGAUCUUUUGUCUUUUUUUGUUUUCUCCUUCCCAUCAAGUAUGUUUGAAACUCGUAAUUUUUGGGACAUUGAUUGAUCUUUUUCUACCUACUUCUCUUUGGAGAUUCCACAGCACAAGAUUUUGCAGCCCCUACACCUUAAUUGCUUUGUUAUUCUUGUGUGUUCUAUUGAUCGGUUAAUUGUUUUGCUUUUACUUACUGGUGAAAUUUAUAAUUUCGGUGAAGUUUUGAGGAGCCAAAAUGUUUCAAGAAGAUGCCACGAACAAGUGCAUUGGAGUGCCCUGGAUGCCCACCUUUGAGAGCCUUGACGACUGACGUGCUCGGUCUUGUAAAAGUUGUCGAAGCUCAUGGAAAGACUGGAAUUCCAAAGGUGGUAGAAACAUGGGGGCAGCCAAAUGCUUCAUCUUGUGUCCUUGCUGCUUCUUAUUCUGAUCACAAAACUGAUCCGCUUUUGGCUGUUGCUCGCAAGAAUGGUUUGGUUGAGUGUCUAAAUCCUAUUAAUGGAGAGGCUUUGGGCAUCACUAAGAUCGAUCAACCCUUAUCACUGGAUGGCUCUCUUAAUGAUGAUCAUGUUGUUGGAUUGCAUCUCUUCAAAACUAAAGGAAUCGAUGUUCCAUCAAGGUCAGUUUCAUUACUUACCUGUCUGGAAAAGGGUAAUGCUUGCUUGAGGUCCAUUCCCGUCGGUGAUGCGCCAGAAAACUCAACUACUGCUUCUCAUAUUACAUGGAAUGUAUGCUCUUCUGGUAAAAUAAUAUGUUCUUCAGUGGAUAAAAGUGAGAAUUAUGCCUUAUUUGGAGGGAAUGGCAUUGAAUUGAACAUGUGGGAUCUUGGAAAAUGCAGUAAGAUCUGGAGUGCAAAAUCUCCUCCUAAUAGACUUGGUAUAUUCUCUCCAACUUGGUUUACUGCUGCAACUUUUCUGAGUGAAGAUGACCAUAGAAAAGUUGUGGCUGGCACGAUCAAUCAUCAGGUUCGUCUUUAUGACACUUCAGCACAGAGGAGACCUAUAAUUUCAGUCGACUUUAGAGAAUCUCCAAUUAAAGCAGUUUGUGAAGAUCUAGAUGGCUAUACAGUCUAUAUAGGCAAUGGUUCUGGGGAUCUUGCUUCAUUUGAUAUGAGAACAGGAAAACUGAUGGGAUGCUUUAUUGGUAAGUGCUCUGGAAGCAUCAGAUCUAUAGCGAGACAUCCAGAACUUCCCGUGAUAGCAUCUUGUGGAUUGGACAGCUCUUUGCGUGUGUGGGAUGCAAAGACGAGACAACUUCUAUCUGCGGUUUUCCUCAAGCAACAUCUAACAAAUGUGGUGAUCGAUUCACAUUUCUCAGACGAAGGUUCCAAUGGCAAUACUUGUGAUCAACAAGCUGAUCUACAAGUAUGCGAUGAUACUGAAACCGUAGAUAAUGAUGAAUUGCCAAUCUCUAGCGGUAAGAAAGCAUCUAAAAGGAAGAGAGUUGGUAAAGUCAAGUAGAAAAGAAAGACUGGGGACCAAUACGAUGAUGAAACAAGUGAAGCCCAUGUAUUAAGUCAAGCUGAAUCUGAAGACAAUAGUGUCUUGCCACCCCUCAAACAGGAAAAAUCAUCAGAUGAGCACAGCAAGAGGCUCAAGCAGAAAAAGAGCAAGAAGAUUUUGCCAUGAAGGAAGCAUGCCGGCCAUCAAGAAAGUUGUGGUGAAGGAUGGGUGAGUCCGUGAUAAUUCCAUAAUUUGUGAUGACCAGGACUGAGCCCACCACCACCCACCAGCUAGAUGAGUCUUGCUAAACUUGCUCGAGAUGUCCAAUUCUUUGAGAAUUUGCAUCGCACAAAGAUCUUAAAAAUAGUGGUUUCGAAGGUGAAAGCUAAUGAAGGGGAGGGCUCGGAACUGCUUCGUAGUGCAUCUGACAGCAGUAGCAGUGGGCAUGCGGAAUCACUCGCUGCAACUCUUGCAGAACAUCGCCAACAUUUAGUUUGCAUACAGGUCUAGUGAUACCAGGAUAACACUAAUCAUUUACGGGCUAGUCCUCCCUGUAAAAUUUCAGACCUUUAUCCCUUUACUUUUAUGAUAAUCCUUUUACUAAUUCAUGGGCAAUUCUAUUUUUCA